AUGGCGCAAUCAAGCGGAUUCACCCUCUCGGUUGCUGCUGAUGCUCCAAGCGCUCUCAGGCUCGGAAGUGCUGGAAAAGCACCUGGCUUCGUGCGCGGAUGUAAAGGAGUCAAGGGGAGGAGGCUUUUGUUCGUUUUGAAGCGCCGGCGAGACGAGGAGGCUGUAGAUAAGGAUCUGAAGGUGAUGUUGAAGACGCACGCUUUCUGCUCUUUGGUAGACGUCGAGAAGUACAGACUUUUGGAGGAUGGCGAUUCCCUCUGCUGCAUGCCCUUCUCGACGCACGGCAAGGAGCUGGCAAGGAGACUGACAGGCCUUUUGAUCCAGUCCGGUGCCGAUGUUCUUCUCUGCCUCAAGGUCGAGGUGUACGGGCGCCGCAAGGGUGAAGAUCCUCCCGGCUUGGAUUUGGAGAUUCCAGACGUCCGCCUGUUUAAGGUGAUGAAAGAGGAGCUCGAUAGCGCUCGACAGGUCAUGAUCGGAACGGCCCGAUGGAAUGCGCUUGUGGCGCUGGCUGUUGUCGUGACAACUGGCCAAGUUAUCGUCAGCCCCCACAACCCGUCUACCCUCCGAGAGUUCAAGUCGAACGGAAAAUGGUCUGGCAUCAAGGUCGAAUCGUUUCUUAUCCACCAGUUCUAUGUGCAGGACAAGCUCUCAAGGGCAGACGUAGAGAGGCGUUUGGAAAUGUACCGCGCCGAGAAGGAUGAGUCGCGCCUUAGUGGAACCUUGCAGCUGGUGCAGGACAUGGAUUCGGAAGAGCGUAGGCCAGUACCUGAGAAAGUCAACAAGCACCUUACGACUCUAGCAGGCAAGAUCAAUGGCGACAUAAACGAUGGAAUGGCAUUGAUCCAGCCUUUGGCUCCAUCCGUCUCCGACGAACUGCGCGCCUCUCUCGUGGUUAAUUCACUCGAGCAGUGCAUCUCCGAGCUCAUCCAAAACAGCAUCGAUGCAAACGCAACUUCAAUAGAGGUCAAGGUUGACGUCGCAGGUCACAGUCUACAAGUCUCUGACAACGGCGACGGGAUAUUACCAAGAGAUAUGGCGCGCAUUGGGAUGCGGUAUGCUACCUCCAAAUGCUCCAGUCUUCAGGAUCUAAACCACAUUACGACAUAUGGAUUCCGCGGCGAGGCUGUGGCGGCAAUCACAGAGAUGUCGCUAGUUGAUUUUGUAUCACGACCCAGAGGACAGGAGCUUGUAUAUUCUACCAUCUUCAAGGGUGGAGACAAGUUGUUCUGCGGUCCGCAGCGCUAUUGGUCUGAUGCGUCGGCAUCGAAGCUGGAAGUGGAACUGGAAAGAGCUAAACGGGUGGUGGAGACUUUGGCACUGGUCGCUCCAGGGAUCUCUUUCACUCUCAUUGACAUGACCAAGGACGCCAAAAUCAUGUCUUGUCGCAAGGUCGACUCACAUCUUCAUCGAAUCACUACAAUCCUUGGGCAGGCACUGUCGGCUACCCUUAGAUUUGUAAAGUCGUCCACAGAUGACCCAGUCUACGCCUUUUCAGGAUAUAUUUCGACACAAGGGCACUACAAUCGACUGUGCCAGUAUAUCUUUCUCAACAAACGGCCUGUCCAGUGUGAGAACCUGCAGAGGCUUGUGACGCACUUGUUCCGACAAUCGAGUUUCGCGGCUGAUAGUUUGGUGUAUGUGGAGGAUGCUCGGCGGUCUAGGGAGCGACACCCUAUCUUUAUCCUCAUGCUGACUUGCCCAACCAGCGAAUAUGACCUGUGCGCUGACCCCUCCAAAGUCACGAUCCAGUUUGAGGACGAAGGGAGGGCGUUCCAGGUAGUACGGUGUACAAUUGUUGACUUUUUGGAGAGACAUCAUCUCCUCUCUCGGACGGCAGCGACAGUACUCAGACACCAGAGCGGAACCAAGAAGAGAAAACAGCACAGACCGACAUUUAUGGACGCACUGACGGGAUCGGCACCUCUGGAUUACAUCUCGCGUGUGAAAACAUCCCGGCCUUCAAGGGCAUCGCGAUUAGCAUACGAGAAUGCAGCUGGUGUGGCGUACCAGAGCGAGAUUGAUUUAGAGGAUGAACUGGAAUUUGAAUUGGAUGCAGACUGGAUGGCCUCCAUGCUUGACGAUGAUUUCGUAUCGAAUGAGGUGGAAUACACACGGCGAGGACCUCAAGGGCUCCUACUACCGCGAUCCGCAUCAGAGGGCUCCAUUAUCUCUCGAACAUCAUUGCCGCAUAUGGUGCCCUCUGGAUCAAACCCCGUUACGACUGGCACAUCCCGGAUCUGGGCUCAGGAUGCGCUCCGAAAGUGGGUCAACCCGGUCCUACCAACCGCCCCCAUCCAAAUUCCAUGCCUAAAAUCCCUGCGUCUGGACUCUGCAGGACCUAGUGAUUCCUGUGAGCAGGGGCCGAUGGGCAAGCGAAUCAGUCGAUUUUUCAGCGCAGGAUCUUCGUCACAAACGGCAUUAUAUGCAGAAAGCCUUCAGCUCUCCAAGGCUGGGUUACAAGGAUGUAAGGUCAUUUCUCAGCUGGAUAGCAAGUUUAUUCUUUGCACGAUGGAGCAAUUUUCGACAGCGAUGGCGGUCUCAAAUAGUCGGCAGGAACCGGCGCAGCAUGGAUUGGUCAACAAGGUGUUGGUGGUGAUUGACCAACAUGCUGCGGAUGAGCGAGUGCGGGUUGAGAGACUGAUGAAGGAAAUGUGCACUUGCUCACAUUCGACUCGCAGGAAGCAGGACGACUAUGAAACAACGAUUAUCACCCACCGUCUUGAUAGCAUGGCUAUGAUCCCGCAACUACCGAUUACUCUGACGCGUAGGGAAUGGCAUUUGGCUGAACAAUCGACCGAGUGGCUCUACCGCUGGGGAAUUGUCCUGGAAGAGAGUUUGCUGCAGGACUCGUACGAUUCACUCGAUGACAAAUCUGAGGCGGAGACUGUAAUGGUGUCGCAGCAUUUCACUCAGGGCGAUGGCGAUGUAGGAUCUACCUCAGCAGGUGGCUGUCCCAGAGUCAGGACACGGCCAAUGACAGGACUGGGACACAGUGUCGAAUCGGAUUAUCGACAAGGUCGUGUGGUGUCGCUACCCCGGAUAGUGGCAGACAGGUGUGUCGUGGACAGUGCCUUAACGCAGGACUUGAUCAAGGAUACCCUCAACUCGUUUGAGGAAGGUCGUAACCGCUCGCGAACACUGUUCCCAGGCGAUGGACAAGUUGGUUACGAUGCGUACAAGGCUGUCCGAGAGGGAUUCUGGACAUUGUGA